AUGAUUGGCAUCGCUUCCUUCACCACUCUCUCGAUCUUUGCAGCAGCUUGUCUCGCCGCUGUUCCUUUGAAACGUGACGUCGGGACUGUCGAACAGGACAUUACAAACAUUGCAAGUCAAGUCACUGCUCUCAAUAGUGCUAUCGAGGCGUUCCCGACCACUGGAGGAUCACUUCUGUCAGCUUUGGCUAUCCACGCUCAAGCCACAGGCUUAGCCUCAGCGCUUGCGACCGCUGCAACUGAUGUCGCUGCAACAACACCUUUUUCUGAUGCGGACGGGACAACCAUCAUUAAUGCUGUAGAAGGUUUUGAGCCCACCAUCGUGGAUGCGCUUGUCGGAAUUGUCGCGAAGAAGCCUGCAUUCGAUGAUUUACCUUUGGGUGGUGUAUCAGCACUUGUAGCUCAAGACUUGGCGACCUUAGCGACGGACACAAAGAACUUCGAAAAUGGCCUUAUUGCUAAUACGCCGCCUGACCUCCUUGCCCAAGCUACCCCCAUCACUUCAACUAUCGACGCCGCCUUAGCCACAGCGUCUGCUGCUUAUGCAGCCUGA